AUGGCUCCUCAAAAGAGAAAGCCAGUCGAAGACGACUUCAUAACCACUCUUUCCGACAACGACGAGGACCCUUUCCAAGAAGAAACAGCCUCCGCUCCUCCACCAAAGAAGAAGGCAAAGAUCAACAAAAAGUUGAAAAAGGCCAGCAAAGAUAAUGAGGAUUCAGAUGAAGAAGAGCCUCAAGGAAUUUGGGGCCGCAAGGAUGACGACGAUGGCGCUAUGAAUCCCGACUUUGAGUUCGUAGCCGACGAUGCUGGGGAGUUUGGCGAUGAGGAAUUUGAAGGCUGGGGGUUUGAGGGUGCUAAGAAGGGAAUGUCCGAGAAGAAAGGAGUGGAUCUAGAAGAUAUUAUCCGUCGACGUAGAGAAAAGAAGAAUGGAAAGACGGAGGAGACCUUGGAAAAUGGUGAUGACGAGGCGGAGCUGGAGAAUGACCUGGAUGUGGCCUUGGAUGAUGACGAUGACGAGGUAUUGGCAGAUGAUGCCUUUGGUAUGAAUGUCGACUCUGAGGCUGAGGAAGAUGAAGAAGCGGAGGGAGAAGGAGAUGAGGACGAAGACGCAUCUGAUGGUCCCGGCAAGGCUGGACAGGCUGACAGCGACGACGAGCCGGCUUCCGAUGAUGAUUCAGUAGCGACUCCAGAAGCCCAUCCCGACGACGAAGUAUCCGAUGGCAGCGACGACGAAGAGGAUGCCGAGGAGCAAGCAAAAAGAGACGCCUUCUUUGCGCCCGAAGAAAAGCAAACGACGGACAAAAAACUGGACAUGUCUUCCUUCCAAGGCAUGUCACUGUCUCGUCCGAUCCUUCGUGGUCUUACCGCAGUUGGCUUCACCAAACCCACCCCUAUCCAGGCCAAGACUAUUCCCAUCGCCCUCAUGGGCAAGGAUCUCGUCGGUGGCGCAGUCACUGGUUCAGGCAAAACUGGCGCAUUCUUUGUCCCGAUACUGGAGCGAUUGUUGUUUCGACCCAAGAAAAUCCCGACUACUCGCGUCGUUGUUCUCACCCCUACCCGUGAAUUGGCCAUGCAAUGUCACGACGUUGGUACCAAACUGGCCAGGUAUACCGACAUCAAGUUCACUCUGGCUGUCGGUGGUCUCAGUCUGAAGGCUCAAGAGGUUGAACUUCGAUUACGGCCCGACGUAAUUAUUGCAACACCAGGUCGAUUUAUCGAUCACAUGAGGAACUCGGCCAGCUUCAACGUUGACACAGUGGAAAUCUUGGUUCUGGACGAAGCCGAUCGCAUGCUGGAAGAUGGAUUUGCAGACGAAUUGAACGAAAUUCUCACAACGCUGCCCAAGUCAAGACAAACGAUGCUGUUUUCAGCCACCAUGACCUCGACUGUUGAUCGUCUCAUCCGGGUUGGCCUGAACAAACCCGUACGAUUGAUGGUUGAUUCACAAAAGAAGACAGUUACAACUUUGGUACAAGAAUUUGUUCGACUUCGACCGGGUCGAGAGGGAAAGAGAAUGGGUUAUCUUGCACACAUCUGUAAGACAUUUUAUCACGAGAGGGUUAUCGUUUUCUUCCGCCAAAAGAAGGAAGCGCACAAAGCUCGCAUAGUUUUUGGUCUAUUGGGUUUAUCAUGUGCCGAGUUGCAUGGAACGAACAUGAUAUUAACACGGCCUUCUCUACAGCGUAUUGCUAGUGUUGAGUCGUUCAGAGACGGCAAAGUGUCGUAUCUACUUGCAACAGAUCUUGCUUCUCGUGGUUUGGAUAUCAAGGGUGUCGAUACGGUCAUCAACUACGAGGCGCCUCAAUCUCUUGAAAUCUACGUACAUCGUGUUGGUCGUACAGCCCGUGCCGGACGAAAAGGCACAGCCGUCACACUGGCGGCGGAGGCAGACCGUAAAGUUGUCAAGGCCGCAGUCAAGGCUGGAAAAGCACAAGGCGCCAAAAUUACGAGCAGAGUGAUCGCCCCUGCAGAUGCAGACAAAUUACAGGAUGAAAUUGAUGAGAUGGAGGACGAAAUCGAAGAGAUUGUCCGUGAGGAAAAGGAGGAGAAGCAAUUAGCACAGGCGGAAAUGCAAGUGAAGAGGGGCGAGAACUUGAUUGAACACGAGGCGGAGAUCAAGUCAAGACCCAAGAGAACGUGGUUUGAGACUGAGCACGAUAAGAAGAAGGCCAAGCAAGCUGGCAAGGACGAGCUAAACGGAUUGCGCGACUCGUUGAAGAAGAAGGGCAGUGGAAAGUUGAGUAAUAAGGACAAGAAAACGCUUGACGCCAAGGCCAUGAGAUCGGAGGGCAGAUUAUGGAAGAAGGGCAAAGGCGAUGCGGAAGCACAUAAGGGCAAAGGGCCAGGCAAGGGGAAAGGAAAGCCAAAAGCAAGAGGCAAACCCAAAGGGAAAAUUGUAAAUAUUGGCAUUGAAUAUACUGUCAAUCUUGAGCGUAUUCAUCGUGAUGUCAAGACGAGCCAAAUGGUUUAUUUCCAAACUGAUGUCAAUUGGCACUGGGUGAUUAUGUCAGCCCCGCCAGCGGACUCGCACCAAUGGAACAGCAGCAUUCAAGUCCAGCCGAGUGCUGGUCAGUGGAGCAGCCAGACUGGACCUGACUUGCUCCUGCACUUUGAUCUCUCACUCUCAUCCAGCAAUCACCAUCACGAGUCCGAGCUCUCCACUAUCCUUGGCCAGCUUCAUCAUCUCAAUCUCCAUCUCACAACACUCCACGCCAUCACACCCCGUCUUGCUAAUUUCGUCCAUCCCGUCACUGCGUUGCACUCUGGGACCGCCUGGGCCAGACGCUCGCGCACGCCAACAUUGAACAGACCUCGCGCCGCGCCAAAAGCACCAGACAAGACAGUAUCCCAACCCUCUGGUGGCUGCACGCAGGCACAGCAUCCUGACGACCAGAGUCAGGUGCUCUCAUCACCGCUCACCACCGCUCACCACCCCCGUGCCCCAUGCGCGAACCAACAGCCCUACAGUCCCAUCUCAUCACCAUUGAAUCCAGUCGCAGCCCCCUGUCAGAAGACGGGGCGGUUCAUCUGA